AUGACGUUCAGCCUCUUUAAGGAGCAGGAGGUAAAGGUGCAGGGAGGAAGGGAAGAAGAUGCCACCAAUUUCCCGAAGCAUCAGAAAAGUUUCGAGAAGCAGGUACUGGGGAGUGGAGCGACUGCGGUGGUGCAGGCAGCCUUCUGCGCUCCGAAGAAGGAGAAGGUGGCAAUUAAACGGAUCAAUCUUGAGAAGUGUCAGACAAGCAUGGAUGAACUCCUGAAAGAAAUUCAAGCCAUGAGUCAGUGCCAUCACCCCAACAUUGUCUCUUACUACACAUCCUUCGUGGUGAAAGAUGAGCUUUGGCUGGUGAUGAAGUUACUCAGUGGAGGCUCUGUUUUGGAUAUUAUAAAGCACAUCGUGGCCAAAGGAGAACACAAGACUGGUGUCCUGGAUGAACCCUGUAUAGCCACGAUCCUUAAGGAGGUGCUGGAGGGGCUGGACUACCUGCACAAAAAUGGACAAAUCCACAGGGAUGUGAAAGCCGGAAAUAUUCUUCUUGGAGAAGAUGGCUCAGUGCAAAUUGCAGACUUCGGCGUUAGCGCAUUUCUGGCCACUGGAGGUGACAUUACCAGAAAUAAAGUCAGGAAAACAUUUGUGGGCACACCUUGCUGGAUGGCACCAGAAGUUAUGGAACAGGUCAGAGGAUAUGAUUUCAAGGCAGACAUCUGGAGCUUUGGGAUCACUGCUAUCGAACUGGCUACAGGGGCAGCUCCUUACCAUAAAUACCCGCCGAUGAAGGUUUUAAUGCUGACGCUACAAAAUGAUCCUCCAUCUUUGGAAACUGGUGUGCAAGAUAAGGAGAUGCUGAAGAAGUAUGGGAAGUCAUUUAGGAAGAUGAUUUCAUCGUGCCUACAAAAAGACCCUGAAAAAAGACCGACAGCAGCGGAACUCUUAAGACACAAAUUUUUCACGAAAGCAAAGAAUAAAGAGUUUUUACAAGAGAAGAUGUUGCAGAGAGCACCAACAAUCACUGAAAGAUCAAAAAAGGUCCGGAGAGUCCCAGGUUCCAGCGGACGUCUUCAUAAGACUGAAGAUGGUGGCUGGGAAUGGAGCGAUGAUGAACUAGAUGAAGAAAGUGAGGAAGGCAGAGCAGCAAUUUCACAGCUCAGGUCUCCCAGAGUGAAAGAACCUGUACAGAAUUCCGAGCUGUUCCCAUCAGCUGAGCCUCCAGGUCCUUCACUCAAUGCUCCAGCACAGGCACCUACUCAACUACCUCAGGCUGCAGGACAAGUACCUGCACAACCUCAAACUGCUGUACCUCCACCUAGUCAGGCUCCUCCAGCAGCCCCAGCAGCAGCCCCAGCAGCAGCCCAGGCCCCACCUGUCCCUGCUGCAGCUCCGGUACAGGAAGAUACGAAAGUCCCCAUCAGCCUUGUACUAAGGUUAAGGAAUUCAAAAAAAGAGCUCAAUGAUAUUCGUUUUGAAUUUACCCCAGGGAGAGAUACCGCUGACGGUGUGUCUCAAGAACUCAUUUCAGCAGGUCUUGUUGAUGGCAGAGAUCUGGUAAUAGUUGCAGCUAAUUUGCAGAAAAUUGUGGAAGAGCCCCAAGCAAACAGAUCCGUCACUUUCAAACUGGCAUCUGGUGUUGAAGGCUCGGAUAUUCCUGAUGAUGGCAAACUUAUAGGAUUUGCACAGCUCAGCAUCAGCUAAACAAUGGUCCCAGGAGAUGUUUCCCAACUGAGAACCCACAUGUGCAUAUUUGUAAUGCUUCUGUUAGCCUAAAAAAAAAAAACCACUACUGCCAAAGAAUUGAACUACAGCCCCUUCCUAGAAGCUUUAACAUUUUCCUUAAUAGGAUCACAAACCUUCCUGAAAUUACUGAUGGCGUUUACACCUUUUGUAAACAACUCUCAUGUUUUUGUAUCUGUCAUCUCAAACAUGCAGAUCCAACACAUCAUUGCCUGCAUGUUCAUUUUAUUAUUGCCUUACUUUAAAGAAAAAUACUACUGAGUACGAAGCAGGGGGUUCCACUGCUCUGAUGAUCUUGCCUAAAUGUUUGCUUACAUGUGGUUUCUUUUUUUUCACUUGCUAUUUUUGCACAAGUUUUAAUACUGAACGGAUCUUUUUUUUUCUGUUCUUCACCUGCUUCUCCUUCUAUCAGAAACACCAAUGUACAUGUUGUUUGGGUCACCUGGAGUGCUGAGAAAUCUGCUUCUCUUCAGCUGUGUUUUUUAAAACUGCUGGUUUGAAUGCUUGCACCUGAGAGAGCAAGCCAAGUCUUAACCCACGGGAGGGAGAGCUGCCUUCCCUUGUGUUUGUGUUUUUGAGAAGUUCCUUGACUUUGAGGUGUUAGAAGUCAGCUUCCCUUUGUUAACUG